UACAGCAGGAACAACGCUCGCAGUUUCAAACGCACUUUAGACAUUACGUGGGAUACCCUGAUUAUGUACAGUGAGUUUAUGUAUGCAAGGUUUGCUAGUAUGUUUACAUUAUCAACCUGCUCCGACUGCAGAGUGUUUUGACUUGUGAUGCAGCGUCCCAAACUGGCUAUGCUUGAAUCUCGAAGCAUCAGGAAUUGCUUGCCGUCGGAACUUCCAACGGUGCCGUGAAAAUGCCCCGAGUUGUUGCAAACCAAAGCGAGAGGUUUCAGAACGAUGAUAUCUUUCAGAAACUCUCGCGAGAGACUGAGAUAAAAUACGUGGGUUACAGAGAUAGACCAUUAGAAGAGCGUCAGCUUCGCUUUCAAACAGAAUGUAGGGAAGGAAACACUUCCAUUGCGUUCACAGCGACUGGAGUUAAUAUCGAACUUGUCUUCCCAAAGCAAAGCGACACACAGACUAUUCCACCGGAGAAUGUUGAUUUUUAUAGAGAAAAAGACAAAGUCUUUCUACGAAGUCCUUUCAUAAUGAAUGGUGUAUGUGUGAUAUUUGUUGGGUGGUUAAACAUAAUCAAGUUAGAUGGUGUUGGUUAUAUAAUCUUUGAUGAGGAAAGAGCAAAGGUUGAAGACGAAAUAAUGAGAGAGACUUUGAGAAAAGCGAAUAUCAAACUGGAAGAAUUUCAAGAAAAAAUACGAAGCGAAACCUCUGAAGUAAGCUUCACACAGGCUGUAAGACCUUUUCUGCGCAAAGUCUAGCCAUCAACACCAGAUCAUUGACGCCACAGAAAAGUAAAAUAACAUAAUAUACGAGUUAAUUCUUUGUGACUGUGUAGCAAGUUUUAGCCCGAAGGAGGUUGAGGGUCGCCCAAGGAAAAGAUGGAUUAAGAGAUUAAGUCUUUCAUAGUCUAUAUAGGAUCAAAUUCACUUCACCACCAGCAGUUCAAAAGGUUUCACACAAAUUGGUACAAAGCAGAAUAGAUAAGUCUAAUACGGGUAGAAGUCCUCUGCAGGAAUAUGGAGAAAGAGAAAGAACCUAAUAAAUACAUCUUUUGUCUUUUGCAUAGGUUCAGAACACUCGUAUGUAGCGAUGACAAGCCCUCAGCAGCUGUGAAUCACGCAUAUUAUACAACACUUGUAAUUUUUGAAAUGAUUUUAACGAAUACAAACAGGCAAAUAAACUGGGUCAGCACACCAAAAACAAGCCAUCAUCUUGACGUACAUAUAACACAAGAAUUGGAAAUGAGUCAUAAUACAAUAAUGCAUGAUUGCUGAAAUUUUGUAAAAAUAUUCCCUUGUAAAUAUCGAAAGCAUUUAUAUUAUAUUAUAUUAAUUAAAUUAUUUUAAACUAUGAUAUCGAUUUCAUCAUCCUAUAAGCUACGUGCAUGAAAACUUAU